GCUGCGAGGGACCGCGGAGCGGAAGGCACGCGGAGCCCAGCCGGAGCCGGAGCCCGCGCCGCCAUGCCCUUGGCCUUCUGCGGCAGCGAGAACCACUCGGCCGCCUACCGGGUGGACCAGGGCGUCCUCAACAACGGCUGCUUCGUGGACGCGCUCAACGUGGUGCCGCACGUCUUCCUGCUCUUCAUCACCUUUCCCAUCCUGUUCAUCGGAUGGGGCAGUCAGAGCUCCAAGGUGCACAUCCACCAUAGUACAUGGCUACAUUUCCCAGGGCACAACCUACGCUGGAUCCUGACCUUCAUGCUGCUCUUUGUCCUCGUGUGUGAGAUCGCAGAGGGCAUCCUGUCUGAUGGCGUGACGGAAUCUCGCCAUCUCCACCUGUACAUGCCAGCUGGGAUGGCGUUCAUGGCUGCUGUUACCUCUGUGGUCUACUAUCAUAACAUCGAGACCUCCAACUUCCCCAAGCUGCUGAUCGCCCUGCUCAUCUACUGGACCUUGGCCUUUAUCACCAAGACCAUCAAGUUUGUUAAGUUCUACGACCACGCCAUUGGCUUCUCGCAGCUGCGCUUCUGCCUGACAGGGCUGCUGGUGGUCCUGUACGGGAUGCUGCUUCUGGUGGAGCUCAAUGUCAUCCGGGUGAGGAGAUACAUAUUCUUCAAGACUCCCAGAGAGGUGAAGCCCCCUGAGGACCUGCAGGACCUGGGGGUGCGCUUCCUGCAGCCCUUCGUGAACUUGCUAUCCAAGGGUACCUACUGGUGGAUGAAUGCCUUCAUCAAGACUGCCCACAAAAAGCCCAUUGAUCUGCGAGCCAUCGGGAAACUGCCCAUCGCCAUGAGGGCCCUCACCAACUACCGACGGCUAUGCGAGGCCUUUGAUGCCCAGGCGCGGAAGGAUACACAGAGCACACAGGGAGCUCGGGCCAUCUGGCGGGCCCUCUGCCACGCCUUUGGGAGACGCCUAGUCCUCAGCAGUACUUUCCGCAUCUUGGCUGACCUGCUGGGCUUUGCUGGACCACUCUGCAUCUUUGGGAUUGUGGAUCAUCUUGGGAAGGAGAACCAUGUCUUCCAGCCCAAGACACAAUUUCUCGGGGUAUAUUUUGUCUCAUCCCAAGAGUUCCUUGGUAACGCCUACGUCUUAGCUGUGCUUCUGUUCCUUGCCCUCCUACUACAAAGGACAUUUCUGCAGGCUUCUUACUAUGUCGCCAUUGAAACUGGUAUUAACUUGAGAGGAGCAAUACAGACCAAGAUUUACAAUAAAAUCAUGCAUCUGUCUACCUCUAACCUGUCCAUGGGAGAAAUGACUGCUGGGCAGAUCUGCAACCUGGUGGCCAUUGAUACCAACCAACUCAUGUGGUUUUUCUUCUUGUGCCCAAACCUCUGGGCUAUGCCAGUACAGAUCAUUGUGGGCGUCAUUCUUCUCUACUACAUCCUCGGGGUCAGUGCCUUAAUUGGAGCAGCUGUCAUCAUUCUACUGGCUCCAGUCCAGUACUUUGUGGCCACCAAGCUUUCCCAGGCCCAGAGAAGCACACUGGAAUAUUCCAAUGAGAGGCUAAAGCAGACCAAUGAAAUGCUCCGCGGCAUCAAGUUGCUCAAGCUGUACGCCUGGGAGAAUAUUUUCUGUACUCGGGUGGAAACAACUCGCAAGAAGGAGAUGACAAGUCUCCGGGCCUUUGCUGUCUACACUUCCAUCUCUAUUUUCAUGAACACAGCCAUCCCCAUUGCUGCAGUCCUCAUUACCUUCGUGGGCCAUGUCAGCUUCUUCAAAGAGUCUGACUUCUCACCCUCCGUGGCCUUUGCUUCCCUCUCCCUCUUUCAUAUCCUGGUCACACCGCUCUUCCUGCUGUCCAGUGUGGUCCGGUCCACAGUCAAAGCUCUAGUGAGUGUGCAAAAGCUAAGUGAAUUCCUGUCCAGUGCAGAGAUUCGUGAGGAGCAGUGCGCUCCCCGUGAGCCAGCACCCCAAGGUCAAGCCAGCAAGUACCAGGCUGUGCCCCUCAAGGUUGUAAACCGCAAGCGUCCAACCCGGGAGGAUAAUCGGGACCUCAUGGGUCCACUACAGAGGCUGGCCCCCAGUGCAGAUGGGGAUGCUGACAAUUGCUGUGUCCAGAUCAUCGGAGGCUUCUUCACCUGGACCCCUGAUGGAAUCCCCACACUGUCCAACAUCACCAUCCGUAUCCCUCGAGGUCAGCUGACCAUGAUUGUGGGGCAGGUAGGCUGUGGCAAGUCCUCACUCCUCCUUGCCACACUGGGAGAGAUGCAGAAGAUCUCAGGGGCUGUCUUCUGGAACAGCCUUCCUGACAGCGAGACAGGAGAGGAUUCCAGCAGCCCAGAGCGGGAAACAGCAGCUGACUCUGAUAUCAGAAAGAGGGGCCCUGUGGCCUAUGCUUCUCAGAAACCAUGGCUGCUAAAUGCCACUGUAGAGGAGAACAUCACCUUCGAGAGUUCCUUCAACAAACAACGGUACAAGAUGGUCAUCGAAGCCUGCUCUUUGCAACCAGACAUUGAUAUCCUGCCCCAUGGAGACCAGACCCAGAUUGGGGAACGGGGUAUUAACCUGUCUGGUGGUCAGCGACAACGAAUCAGUGUGGCCCGUGCGCUUUACCAGCACACUAACGUUGUCUUCUUGGAUGAUCCUUUCUCAGCUCUGGAUGUGCAUCUGAGUGAUCACUUGAUGCAGGCUGGAAUCCUUGAACUUCUCCGAGAUGACAAGAGGACAGUGGUCCUCGUGACCCACAAGCUACAGUACCUGCCCCAUGCAGACUGGAUCAUCGCCAUGAAGGAUGGCACCAUCCAGAGGGAGGGUACACUCAAGGACUUCCAGAGGUGCGAAUGCCAGCUCUUUGAACACUGGAAGACCCUCAUGAACAGGCAGGACCAAGAACUGGAGAAGGAAACAGUCAUGGAAAGAAAAGCCACAGAUCCUCCUGAGGGCUUGCCCCGUGCCAUGUCCUCAAGAGAUGGAUUUCUGCAGGAUGAAGAAGAAGAGGAAGAGGAGGCAGCCGAGAGCGAGGAAGAUGACAACCUGUCGUCAGUGCUGCACCAACGAGCCAAGAUUCCAUGGCGAGCCUGUGCCAAGUAUCUGUCCUCAGCCGGCAUCCUGCUCCUGUCACUGCUCAUCUUCUCCCAGCUGCUCAAGCACAUGGUCUUGGUGGCCAUCGACUACUGGCUAGCCAAGUGGACUGACAGUGCCCUGACUCUGAGCCCUGUGGCCAGGAACUGCUCCCUCAGCCAGGAGUGCACCCUGGACCAGUCCGUCUAUGCCAUGGUGUUCACUGUGCUCUGCAGCCUGGGCAUUGUGCUGUGUCUCAUCACCUCUGUUACGGUGGAGUGGACGGGGCUGAAGGUGGCCAAGAGGCUGCACCGCAGCCUGCUGAACCGUAUCAUCCUAGCCCCGAUGAGGUUCUUUGAGACCACACCCCUUGGGAGCAUCCUGAACAGAUUCUCAUCUGAUUGUAACACCAUUGACCAGCACAUCCCAUCCACGCUGGAGUGCCUGAGCCGCUCCACCCUGCUCUGUGUCUCAGCCUUGGCCGUCAUCUCCUAUGUCACACCUGUCUUCCUGGUGGCCCUAUUGCCCCUGGCUGUUGUGUGCUACUUCAUCCAGAAGUACUUCCGGGUGGCAUCCAGGGACCUGCAGCAGCUAGAUGACACCACCCAGCUCCCACUGCUCUCCCACUUUGCUGAAACCGUCGAAGGCCUCACUACCAUCCGGGCCUUCAGGUAUGAAGCCCGGUUCCAGCAAAAGCUUCUUGAAUACACAGACUCCAACAACAUCGCCUCUCUCUUCCUCACUGCUGCCAACAGGUGGCUAGAAGUCCGCAUGGAAUACAUUGGUGCAUGUGUGGUACUCAUUGCGGCCGCCACCUCCAUCUCCAACUCCCUGCACAAGGAGCUCUCCGCUGGCCUGGUCGGUCUGGGCCUCACUUAUGCACUAAUGGUCUCCAACUACCUCAACUGGAUGGUGAGAAACCUGGCAGACAUGGAGAUCCAGCUAGGGGCUGUGAAGCGUAUCCAUGGACUCCUGAAAACAGAGGCAGAAAGCUAUGAGGGGCUGCUGGCACCGUCACUGAUCCCGAGGAACUGGCCAGACCAGGGGAAGAUCCAGAUCCAGAACCUGAGUGUGCGCUACGACAGCUCUCUGAAGCCUGUGCUGAAGCACGUCAAUGCCCUGAUCUCCCCAGGACAGAAGAUUGGGAUCUGUGGUCGUACAGGCAGUGGGAAGUCCUCCUUCUCACUUGCCUUCUUCCGCAUGGUGGACACCUUCGAAGGCCGCAUCAUCAUUGAUGGCAUUGACAUCGCCAAACUCCCUCUGCACACCCUGCGCUCGCGUCUCUCCAUCAUCCUUCAGGACCCCGUCCUCUUUAGUGGCACCAUCAGAUUUAACCUGGACCCAGAGAAGAAAUGCUCUGACAGCACACUGUGGGAGGCCCUGGAGAUCGCCCAGCUGAAGCCAGUGGUGAAGGCACUGCCAGGAGGCCUGGAUGCCAUCAUCACGGAAGGUGGGGAAAAUUUCAGCCAAGGUCAGCGACAGCUGUUCUGCCUGGCUCGGGCCUUUGUGAGGAAGACCAGCAUCUUUAUUAUGGAUGAGGCUACAGCUUCCAUUGACAUGGCUACGGAGAACAUUCUUCAGAAGGUGGUGAUGACGGCCUUUGCAGACCGCACUGUGGUCACCAUCGCGCAUCGAGUACACACCAUCCUGAGUGCAGACCUGGUGAUCGUCCUGAAGCGUGGAGCCAUCCUGGAGUUUGACAAGCCAGAGAAGCUGCUCAGCCAGAAGGACAGCGUCUUUGCCUCCUUCGUCCGUGCAGACAAGUGACCCAUCAGAGCACAAGGGCCACCACACUCUCACCCUGCCCCAUCCUUGCCUGGGUUUUCUAACUGUAAAUCACUUGUAAAUAAAGAGAUUGAUUAUUUCCUUUU